AUGGGUAGCAGAACAAAAGGUUUGAAAAAUAUUAAAUCAAAAGAUUUAACUUCCAGUAGGUCGAAAGAUUUGACCAAUAACAAACAAAAAGAUUUGAGUGAUGUUUAUAACGAUAUUGGACUUACUGUAGAGCAGAAAAAGCAACUUCACUUUAUGGUACUUCGUGUUCAAGACUUAGUUGAUGUGAAAGCUUUAUCAAAUAUUUCUUACAACGAAAUUGAAGAUUUAAAAUGUUGCAACGAUCCUAUGUGCGUUUGUGGAAGUAGUAUGAAGCCACUUAGGCAACGUUUAGCCGAAGAAGCAUUGAGAAAUUAUCCAACCAAUGUAAUUGAUGAAAUAAAAAAUAAAACACAUGCCGUAAUACAUUACUCAGAGAAACUAGAAAAGUUGAAAGAAGAGGUUGGAGCCGAAUAUAUCCUAUAUGAAAAUAGAAGAGAAGAACAUGAUUUACGAGAAUUACUACAUGAGUAUAAAACAAGAAUUAAGGAUAUUGUGUUUGAGUUAAAUUUAACAAACAAAGAAGAUGGUCUACAAGGUCUUUAGAAUGUUAAG